AUGGCAGCAAGUUCAAGGGGGGCAAUACUUGGGUUGGCCCUUCUUGCUCCGACGCUCGCGGCCACUGAAUUGACGGUGUGCGCUGCGGAUGAGGAUGAUGCAUACGAUGAGCUUGAGCAGAUUGAGGAGCUCGAUGUGGAAGGUGCAGCAAAUAUGGAGGGAGAUGAGCGUUCCGAUAGCGACAGCUCAAUCUCGGACAUGGAAGGCGAUGACCCUGAAGACGAAAGUCCAGAUCAAACGAACGUGAUUUUAACCAAGUUAGCUGCGGUGCGUUCUGAUGCAACAAGAAGACUUUACCGUGCAAACAGGAAAGACUAUCAGCGCUUUUGGGAGAGGAGACAUCUGCUGAAAGCUGGAACAACAGUGUCCUGCGCAGCCGUCACUAAAGCAGGAGUUGGAAAAUUUGUCGUGGCAAAGCGCAAGCGGUCACACUCCUGGCUGAACAAUCAUAUGAAAGCGUUCCAGUGGGUUUUCAGAGCAUACAAGCGACCAGCAGAUGCCACAGUACCGGACCUGCGAAGACUGGCGGUUGUUGAAGAUACUAUGAAGUUUGCAAAAGAGAAGAGCGCGAAUCGUGCAAAAGAUGAAUAUGAGGACCGCCAGAAAGGUUUAAGUGCAGGUUACAGUCCGCAGGAGUACUGUCAGAUCAGCGAGUACUGGUUAAACAUGCUCCGAAAAGGCCACAAAGGGGAUUCUAGGGAGCCACCUCCCUUCACAGCCCUCCAGCUAAGAGCGGAUUUCCUCUGGUUAAACACCGCUCUAGGACGUGGCCAAGAUGCUUACAACCGGCAGCUACCUGACCAGUUCGUGUACAAUAUGCCGUAUGUGGGCCCGGAUCAAGCGGACGUCUUUGCUACAGUCACCAGGAACGGCAAGACCAACAAGAAUGCAAGGGCGGAGUUUAUUGGGGCCCUUCGCAAUCGCAACGUCAUGAUCUGCUGUGUGGGGGCAGAGGCCAUGCGUACCAUCUGGCGGUUUCACAUUGAGAAGAACCCUUCGACUUCCUCCCCUGACUUCAGCUCCAAACAGUCCUGGUAUGACACGCCUGUUGCGCCGGGGCGAGCCACGAAGAAAAAUCCUCACGGCCACCUCACCUACAAUACUUACUACAAGUACUUUCGUGCCGCGUUCGAAGCAAACAACAUCUCGUCGGAUAAGGUCGUGCACGCUGGACGUGGGCAUGGAACGCGAGCGGCAGCUGCGGCUGGAGCGGAUCCUCGGGAGCUCCAGUCACUCGGCCGAUGGACCUACGCCAACUUCGACAUGUCCUAUCUCACCAGCCUACCCCCAAAGGCGUUGGUCAUUCAGGCCGGGGUCAACAAGGACGACACUAGAGGCCGACCUCUCUUGAAAUCCUACAUCGUCCCCCGGGGUCGGGUACAGCCUCCGGACGAGCUACUCCAGUUGUUGCUGCCGUGGUUGGACGCUGCGUUAGCCGCAAUCAAAGAGAGGAACGUGAGGGGCCGAGCGUCUGACCGGGAUCUUGCGGCGGAGGGCGUUCUGCUCCGUUGGAAAAAGGAGCGCGUCAUCUUCCUCCAAGACGCGGCCGUUCUUUGGAGCGCCUACCAGGACUUGACAAUCUAUCAACUCCCCGUUUUCAAGCACCCGAAGUGGGAGCCGUUCCGCCAAGAAGUCCUGGCGAUGUGCGAGCGGUACAAGGACCUGGCGGUGGACGAGGUGGACGACUCAAUUUUGCCGGCCGAGGUUGCUACAGCGUUGAUUGCCCUCGAGGAGCGCAUCAUCGCGCUUCACGACCAACUUGCAGAGGUUCGCGCACAGGAGAACGCCGGGUCGCGAGAACGAGAGGAGGGGUUGCGGAGUGCGGUAGAAGAACUUGGGCGGAAGAUGGACCAGCUUACACAGCAAGUUGCAGCAGCGGCCCCCACCGUUUGCACCGCGUGUGGGCACCGGCAUGAGGCGCCAGCACCGUCGCAAGCUGAAGUUGGGGGCGGUUCCGGUGGAGCGUCCACGAGUGGGGCGGCCAAUAUCCCGCCGGCCGCCGGCGCUGGGCGGAGCGCUCAAGUCCGGAGAGAUGAGCCAAACGUCCCUGCCACGGUCACUUAUGAUUUGGGUGGUGUGAAGAGUGUGCGCGAUGUUGUCGACUUGUUCGAACGGGACGAUCCAACGGGCCGACGCUCCUUGCUGUGGAUGGAGGAGAACGGGCCAAAGAAUUGGAGGGCUCAACAAAAGAUUCCGCGCCAACGCUUUGAUGAUAUCAAGGUAAUCUAUGACGGGGUAUGUGCUUUGGCAAUUUAUAGGAGGCGAACGGUUGAGACGGCUGCAAACCUUCUUGAGGACUUGCAGCGGAGGGAAAGGUUCAGCUUUAGACAACUAAGAUUGUUCAUAAGAAAGAAAAGGGUUGAAGCCAAAGAGAGGCAUAAGGAAGCAGUAGAGGAAGUAAAAGAAGCCCGCAUAGAAAGGGAUUUUGGUGAGAUGUUGUCUGCAGAGUGUUCUCCGUAG